UUGUACUUCCGGUUCAGAAGCGUAAGGGGUGCUGCUAGAGUGGUUCUACGGGCGUUGUGUUGUAAAGAGCGUCUGCCAUUUUGAACAGAAGUGUUUUCCUGUAAUAAAUUGUUUGAGCUGGCUCUUCGGGAGAUAUCGUAUUGCUUUAAUUCAAGGCUACGGUCUUUUAGCCAGAAUGCUUUCCGCAGCUCAGUUACUCGACGAGUUAAUGGGCCGAGAUAGAAACUUGGCCCCUGACGAGAAGCGAUCCAACGUGCGAUGGGACGACGAGACCGUCUGUCGAUACUAUCUGUGUGGAUUCUGCCCAGCGGAGUUAUUCACAAAUACACGUUCUGACUUGGGCCCUUGUGAGAAAAUUCAUGAUGAAAAUCUCAGAAAAAUGUAUGAGAAGAGCUCUCGGUUUAUGAAGGAGGGCUAUGAGCGAGACUUCCUGCGAUAUCUGCAGUCGCUCCUGGCAGAGGUGGAGCGGAGGAUUCGUAGAGGGCAUGCUCGGCUCGCGCUUUCCCAGGCUCAGCAGAAUGCAGGGGGUCCUGGUCCAUCAGGAAAGAAUGAGGAGAAGAGUCAGGUUCUAACAGAAAAGAUUGAAGACCUGGUCAUACAGAUUGAGGAGCUGGGGUCAGAGGGUCGAGUGGAGGAGGCCCAGGGAAUGAUGAAGCUGGUGGAGCAGCUGAAGGAAGAGAGGGAGCUGCUCAGCUCCACCCCCUCAACCAUCGAGAGCUUUGCAGCCCAGGAGAAACAGAUGGAGGUGUGUGAGGUGUGUGGGGCCUUCCUUAUUGUGGGUGACGCACAGUCCCGAGUGGAUGACCACUUGAUGGGCAAACAGCACAUGGGCUAUGCCAAGAUCAAAUCCACUGUAGAGGAGCUCAAGGAGAAACUACGUCGCCGCUCAGAAGAUCCCCAAGGUGAAAACCCAGUGCUCAGGAGGGAAAGAGAAAGCCGCGAGCAAGAGAGAGAGGAAAGGGAGAAAAAGCGCAAAGAGGAGGAAGAGAAGGAGAAGGAGCGGGAGAAGGAACGUGAGAAGGAGAAGGAGAGGGAGCGAGAGCGGGAGCGUGAGAGGGAGAGAGAGAGAGAACGAGAGAGAGACAGGGAGAGGGACAGGAGACCACGUCGAAGCCACUCCGGAAGCCGCCACUCCAGUCGAGCAUCGGACAGGAAAAGGAGCCGAUCUCGUGAUCGCCGGAGGUCCAGGAGCAGAGACAAGGACAGGGAGAGGGAACGCAAACGCAGCAGGAGCCGAGACAGGGACAGGGACAGGGAAAGGAGGCGCAGCCGUGAACGCUCCGACAGAAAGCGUCGCUCCCGCAGCCGUGACAGGAGGAGGUCACGCAGCUCAGAGCGCAAAUCUCACCGCCACCGCAGUCGCAGCAAGGACAGAGACAGAGAGAAGGAGAGAGACAGGGACAGGGAGCGGUCAUCGAAAGACAAAGACCGUAAGGCGACAGAGGAGAGGAGCAGCUCUAAGAAAGACAAGCACUCUGAUGGUGAUGCAGCCGCCAUCAAGGCUUCGUCGGAAGCGGAACCGAUGGAGACAGAGACGGCUGCCUCUGCCUUCUCCCCUGUGCUUAAUGGCCAACAAGAGCUCCUCCAAUCUGAAGGUGACACUCAGUCCAAUUAAAACUGAUCUGAUAGGACCUCAGAUCAGGCUCAGGUAAGUGAGUCCUCUUCCUCACCCCCCUGGCUCUCAACCCAACCCACCACCCUCCAACCCCACCCACCCGUUCCCAUCUCCCCUACCCACCCUCUCCCUCUCCCACCCUGUUUACAUUCAGUUGAAUGCCUAUGAUUUUGUCUUAUGUACUGUAUGCAUAUAUCUUUAUCCUGUUUUUGAAUAGUGCAUCAUAAGUAUGCACUGAAGAUCAAGGACUAGCCCGAUGAAUGAGAAGAAGGUAGAAAACAUUCACACAAUGCCAAGAGGGAAAGGCCAGUGUAGCCCUGAGCAAACAUGCCCGGAGGUACCCCUCGUUUUGUAUCGGUUUUUGAUAGAUGUAUAUUUGUCUGUGUGGACAAAAUGGCAGAAAUAAGAGGUUAACCAAUCCAGUCAAAAUUUCCUGCCUGUAUUUACCUGUUUUUUGUUUUUUCUUUGAAGAAGGAAAAUGUUAUUUGUUGAGCUGUUACACUCCAUAUAGGGGGAAUAUGCAGCCAGAUAUUUUCUUAAUCAUAUGUAACCACACAGACGUACUUUCAGCCUUCGUCAAAGGUGUACAUAAAAAGCAGUCAGUUUGUUUUGCCGUAACCAUAACUCAAUUGCCAUGGAUUUGUUGUCUAGCUUACUGUGCCUGAUAAUGCCAUGCAGUGUGUGUUUGGGGGGGGUGUUGUAGCAUCGGGGGCCUAACUAACUAACUGGAGGGUAGGGGUUAUCGAAUGAAUUGCAGCUGACUUCCAUACCUCACACAGCGUUGGUGUUGUGAGCGAGACCACAUGAGAAAAGGGCAAAUUAAAAAUCAUGGAUACUCUGACUGUCAAUCUGUGCAGGUACUCACCCCAGGUACUCCUUUCUCUACCCACAUCCAUUUCUGAAUGCUUUUGCCUGUCAGAAAAUCUAUUUUGUACUUUUCCAGAAGAUGAAGUCGAAAGCUUGAUUGUGUAUCUUUUUUUUUUUUUUCUUUUUGUGUUUUUUGUUUUUCUUAUUUGUUAACUUUUGGGGAAAACGUCUUUUGAUUAAAAAUGUCAGAUGUUUUUGCAACGCUGAUAUGCAGACAGUCUGACUGAUAUACCUUUGCCAACAGUGGAAAUGGCCACUGUGUAUGGUGUACUGUUGGAGACUAAAGUAUCAAAUGUGGCAGAAUGUCUCAUUUGUUCACUUGGAAGGUGACUGUUUGUGUCGUUAACUGGAAAUUGAUUAUGCUAAUAGAACUCGUCAAGUACAUUUUCACUGGCAAAGGUAAUAUCACACAGCCUUGUCAUAAAGUUAGAUCUAAAGUAGUGGCCAGCCCUUGUGAAAUUUCAGCAGUUUGCAAACUUCUAAUCAAAGUAAUAGUUUAAAAUCUUCUGAAAACUCCUUAGAAAAUAACAGAAUAUUAUGAUUUAAUGUAGUCAAAACUAUAAAUGUCCAUUGUGAUAGUAACUGAAUCUGUGCAUUAUUACCAGUGUCUCUUAAGAGCUACACACUCCUCUGUUCCUAAAUUGCAGGUAAUUUUGACUGAAGUUAUAAUGUAGAUGAUGACGUUCCAGUAGCAGCAGUUGCUGUGACCUUUGCUAACACUGUGUUUUGUUAACAUUUUUUGCUCAACAGGGUAAGCUGAGAUAUCUGGUGGAGGAAGAAGCAGAAGAGCGCACGCAUCCUUACCCUGAACCUGACUCAUCGCUGCUUAAAAACAAGGUGAACCACAAAUGUGUAGUGGCUUAUUUAAAAACAUGAACAUACAUGUGUAAAGGAGGAGAGAGAUUUUCAUGUUCAUCACUUGUCAAAUCUUUUGGUUGGAUGAGGGCUAGUUUGUGGUUCAUCUGAUGUAUUUCAUGGUCUAGCUGUCAGGCAGAGAUCACUUCAAAUAUCAAACGUAGAGGAGAAGUUUAUGGGUUUUUUUUUCUUUACACAUCCUCCUUGUUUCUUGGCAUUUAGUGAAAAUAAAAUAAAAACAGUGCUUGUGGUUUAUUUUGGUUUGCCGGGUUCCACUUCACUUCUUGACCUCUUUUUUGUUUUUUUUUCUAGAGAAUCAAUCAGUUGAAAGUGAGUGUACAAUGUUAGGCCCAUGGCAGGGUGUCUCUUUUCUCCUCCACAUAGAGCUCACAUUGAUUGCUCUUCUUCCCUUACUGUAAAAUAUACUGAUUAAUUUUGAUUAAAACAUUUUGAAGACUGAAGAUGUUUAAUUUUGCUCUGCUUUUAAUGUUCAUGUUGUCUUGAUGAAUAAAAAGUAAAAACUU